AUGGGUGGAGUUCCGAUGUGGUCUGCUUCACUUAACUCGCCGUCAGCAGUGUUCGCGUCACCCUCUUUGGCCGCAGCCAUCUCCACGCCUACAGCCAGUCCCACCUGCGACAGCACAUCCAUCCCAAACAUUUUGGCCUCCCCCUGGGACAAUGAGGACAGCUAUACUCAACACAUAUUCCCAGCCUCUCCAAUUCCAUCCACGUCCACCCUCACAGUCAACGCCAACAUGUCGCCAACCCUCGGCCCCUCCACUUUGUCCGUUUCUGCAGCCUCCGCCUCACUCCCAUCUCCUCCUUCAUCCUCCCUUUCUUCGGCUUCUUCUUCUUCUUCUUCUUCUUCUUCUUCCUCCUGUUUUCCUAACUUCAAUUCAACCCUGGAGACCACAAAGACCACUGCAGCUCUAACAUCUAAUCAUGGCUCUGCCGUUUUUUUUCAUACAACCAAGUCACUGACUGACAACUUUACUCCUGUCGCUUCGGGGCUGCUCCCUGCCUCAAAUCCAGUCGCUCCGGCAUCUACAGCUGAGACGCCUGAGGCUUCUGGUACCCAUUCUGGACAGCCCCGAUCACUGCUUCAAUCGCCUGCCACAGCCAUCUUCAACUAUCCUGACUGGUCUUGUCACUCACUGUCCGGUGCCUACGACAACCGGUAUCCAAGCGACAGCGUCUAUCCCUCAGGCAUAGCAACUGAGAUCGCAGCCUAUGCUGCAAGAAGUUGGCGGCCAGGUCCUUUUAAAGGCUAUCCAAGUGACCUGAAACGAGUUAAUUCAGCCGAGGAUACCCACCAAUUUGCCGGCCAGACAGAAUCGGCCAGAGGCAAACUGAGCCGGCUGGGCACGGAAGUUGAAGCUGCGGAUCUCUUCAGAUGCCUUGGGCCAACUGAGCAUACAACAAAAAAUGGCUCAACUGUGCACGAGCGAGUGCACUUCGGCGGAGAGCUGGGUAGGCGCAUCUGCAUGGUGCCAAGCAAGCAAGGCUAUAUGAAAACUUGA